AGUUCAUUGGCUAAUUCAAAGGUGAAAGGGUAAAGUUGCUACAGGCUUCGGCACCCGCUUAUUAUGGCCAAACAUCAUCCCGAUUUGAUUUUCUGUCGGAAACAAGCCGGCGUCGCCAUCGGAAGAUUGUGUGAAAAAUGUGACGGGAAGUGUGUGAUCUGUGAUUCCUACGUACGGCCUUGCACCCUGGUGCGCAUCUGCGACGAGUGCAACUACGGCUCCUACCAGGGACGCUGCGUCAUCUGCGGGGGGCCGGGAGUCUCUGACGCCUACUACUGCAAGGAGUGCACCAUCCAAGAGAAAGAUCGAGACGGCUGCCCCAAGAUUGUGAACCUGGGAAGUUCUAAGACUGACCUUUUCUACGAGAGGAAGAAGUACGGCUUCAAGAAGAGGUGAAGAUGGUCUUCAAGGUCCACAGCUAUACAGUUAUUGCUUGUUUUUGUACAAAUAUGAUUGAUUUUUGUGUAUUUGGACUGGAUUUUGACACAGGUGUAAUAAAGUGUUCUUUUUAAUACA